UACAGCGCACUGUCCUCUCCUAGAACCACAAGAUGCUUCCGGUACCCGAGGGGGCUUACGGGAACUUUUUUGAGGAGCACUGCUAUGUCGUCCUCCACGUCCCCCAGAGCCUGAAGGCCACACAGGGGGCGUCCAGCGACCUGCACUACUGGGUCGGGAAGGAGGCGGGCGCGGAGGCGCAGGGCGCCGCGGCCACCUUCGUGCAGCAGCUGCAGGAGGAGCGGGGGACCCUGACCGUGCUGCACCGCGAGGCGCAGGCCCACGAGUCCGACUGCUUCCGCAGCUACUUCCGCCCGGGAAUCAUCUACAGGAAGGGAGGUCUGCCGUCUGACCUCAAGCAUGUGGAGACCAACAUGUUCAACAUCCAGCGACUGCUGCACAUCAAAGGGAGGAAACACAUGUCUGCCACUGAGGUGGAGCUCUCCUGGAACAGCUUCAAUAAGGGUGACAUCUUCCUGCUGGACCUAGGCAAGAUGAUGAUUCAGUGGAAUGGGCCCAAGACCAGCAUUUCUGAGAAGGCUCGGGGGCUGGCCUUAACCUACAGCAUCCGGGACAGGGAACGUGGUGGUCGUGCACAGAUUGGCGUGGUAGAUGAUGAGGUCAAAGCCCCAGACCUCAUGCAGAUCAUGGAGUCUGUGCUGGGCCGCAGGGUGGGCAGCCUGCGUGCCGCCAUGCCCAACAAGGAUAUCAACCAGCUGCAGAAGGCCAAUAUUCGCCUGUACCAUAUCUAUGAGAAGGGCAAAGACCUGGUGGUCCUGGAGUUGGCGACCCCCCCACUGACCCAGGAUCUGCUGCAGGAGGAGGACUUCUACAUCCUGGACCAGGGAGGCUUCAAGAUCUAUGUGUGGCAGGGAGGCCUGUCUAGCCUCCAGGAGAGAAAGGCUGCCUUCAGCCGGGCUGCGGGCUUCAUCCAGGCCAAGGGCUACCCGACCUACACCAACGUGGAGGUGGUGAACGACGGCGCCGAGUCGGCCGCGUUCAAGCAGCUCUUCCGGAUUUGGACUGAGAAGCGGAGCAGGAACCGGCGGCUCGGCAGGAUCGAUAAACUGAUUCAUGUAAAGCUGGACGUGGGCAAGCUGCACAGCCAGCCUGAGUUAGCCGCCCAGCUCAGGAUGGUGGACGACGGCUCUGGGAAGGUGGAGGUGGGAAAGGCCCAAAGCUUGGAACAAUGUCACUGCCAACACAGGGCCGACCUGGGAUGUGACCAGAGCCUGCCUGGCUCCAGGCUCGGCCACCCACAGGAAGAAGAAACCACACUGACCGAUGUGUGGUGCAUGCAGGACUUACGCAGGCAGCCCGUGGACCCCAAGCAUCAUGGACAGUUGUGUGCAGGCAACUGCUACCUAGUGCUCUACACAUACCAGAGGAUGGGCCGUGUCCAGUACCUCCUGUACCUAUGGCAGGGCCACCAGGCCACCGCAGACGAGAUCGAGGCCCUGAACAGCAACGCUGAGGAGCUAGACACCAUGUACUGUGGCGCCCUAGUGCAGGAGCACGUGACCAUGGGGAGCGAGCCCCCCCACUUCCUUGCCAUCUUCCAGGGCCAGCUGGUGGUCUUCCAGGAGAGAGCUGGGCACUAUGGAAGGGGGAAGUCAGCGCCCACCACGAGGCUUUUCCACGUGCAAGGCACCGACAGCUACAGCACCAGGACUGUGGAGGUGCCAGCUCGUGCCUCCUCCCUCAACUCCAAUGACAUCUUCUUGCUGGUCAUAGCUGGCGUCUGCUACCUCUGGUUUGGGAAGGGCUGUAACGGUGAUCAGCGUGAGAUGGCGCGGGUGGCGGUCACUGUCAUUUCCAAGAAGAACGAGGAAACGGUGCUGGAGGGUCAGGAGCCGCCCCACUUCUGGGAGGCCCUGGGAGGCCGGGCCCCCUACCCCAGCAACAAGAGACUCCCUGAGGAGGUCCCCAGUGUCCAGCCACGACUGUUUGAGUGCUCCAGCCAGAUGGGCUGCCUUGUCCUUGCAGAAGUGGUGUUCUUUAGCCAGGAGGACCUGGGCCAGUAUGACGUCAUGUUACUGGACACCUGGCAGGAGGGCUUUGGGUGAGUCUGGGUGGGUCUCGCUACAGUGCCUGUGAGACCACGAGUGAGGGGUCAUCAGGUGGCGGCAGCGAGCCUGCGGGAGACAGGUGUGCGGGGACUCGGGUAACUGUGCUUGCGUCGUGUGUGGCUCCACACACGUGACAGCGCCCGUGGCCACGCGUGUGUCGAUGCUGCAGGUGACUGAGUGGAACUCCAGUGUGUGGCUUGGUAUGAGCGUUUGCCUUUGUGCACUUGUGACACUUUGUCGUGACUGUAAGGUCACGUGACGCUAGAACUGGCCAGACCAGUGGCAACUGGUGAGCGUGCGUGAGACUGUAACCAGCUGUGGCUGAGUGAUGGAAGGCUGUUUGUGGGGCUGUGCAAACAGUGCUGUUGUGUUUGUGUGCAGCUGUGUCUGACAACAGUGGCUGACAGUGUGUGGCAGUGGAUGAGUGUGUCCCCAGCACUGUUUGAAUUGGUGAUGAAGCUGUGUGCUCCCAUCUCACUAAGAACAAACCCAGAGCCCUUACCCCAGCCCUGCAUGACCUGGCCAGCCCCAACUCUUUGACCCCCUUUCCUCCCCCUCCCUGCUUCCGCGGCAGCCACAGCAGCCUCCUUGUGUUCCCUGAAUGUGCCAGGCACGCGGCCACCUCGGGGCUUUUACACUGGUGGUUUCUUCUAGUUAGGACACCUUUCCCCAGGCAUCCAUCCGAUUUGCUCCCUCACGAAAGCUCUAGAAGGGCAGGGAUUUUUGUCCUUUUUUUUUCCAUUGUUGACUCCCCAAAACCUAGACCGAUGCUCGGCAUACAGCAGGUGCUUUAUAAAUAUUUGUGGAUUGAUCUCCAGGUAAAUCACACAAGAAAAGUUUGCGGAUUGAAUGUGUGCAUGCAUGCAUUCCCGUGACCGUCUCGUGUGUUCAACAUGUGGGUGGGGCCACUUGCUGGGUGGGUCUGGAUGGACAGGGAUGUGUAUGUGGGGUUCUGUCUAGGACGUCUGAUGGACAGGGAGGGGUCAGCUCUGGGCAGCCCUCCAUGCCAAAAGUCAGGCCCCCUCUGUGGCCCAGAUCUUCCUGUGGCUUGGGGGAGCUGCAGGUGCAUGGAAGAAGGCGGUGGCCUGGGGCCAGGAGUACCUGAAGGCACACCCAGCAGGGAGGAGCCUGGCCACACCCAUCGUGCUGGUCAAGCAGGGCCAUGAGCCUCCCACCUUCACGGGCUGGUUCUUCACUUGGGACCCCUACAAG